UUCCGAAACAAUCGCCGGACAAAAUGAGAUUUCUCCUUCUCCUCAUGCUGCUCAUUUCGACAGUGCUCGUUUCUCUCGUUUCCACUUCAAAUAUUCAGAAAAUCCAAAAAUACGACUUCGCACUUGGCCGAGACUAAUGAAACAACGUCAACAGUACAUGAAGAAUCUGGAAAGAAUGCUCGAAAGUUUUAAAUAUGAAUAAAGAUUCGAUUU